CUGAAACACACUGUGCCAAAUGGAUAGAGUUGAUUAGAGAUGCAAAAAAAGUUCUUAAUUUGAAGAGAAAAAGAGUGACGUUAAUUUUUAUUCGUAUUACCAAAUAUAACCUGUUACUUUGAAAUGUACAACUUCAUGCUAGAUCUGAAGUUGAUCAAAACGCAGCUAACAGCAGCACUAGGCCGCUAAUCACACUUCCUCUUUGAGGAUACGUUUACUCAGCUGGCUAGCUCGCUAUACAACAAGGCGGUGUGUGAUAUAGACCUGGUGUUCUCAGAACAAAUUUUUACAUAAAAAACACUCGAGAGACGACGGAAUAAACUCCGGUAUUAACCCGACUUGCUGCAGGAUUACCGCCUGCUUCGAGAGGCUUCUCCACCUGGCUAGGUUGCUAAUGAUAACAUUCUAAGGAGAAGUCUUUUUUGAGAUCAUCCAGAACAAUGUUGGCUGUGUCUCAAACCAUGGUGACGGAGGAAAGCCUCACCUGUCUCCACGUUCAGCUGUAUCAUCCAGACCAGUCCACGCAACCUCUCUACAGCCUUCUGCGCAUGAGCCAACCUUACAAGAUCAGCGCCGAAGAUCCGAUCAGGCUGGGCCGUGAUGGACAGUCGUGCUCAUUUGUGCUGAAUGACGGCCAUGUUUCCCGAAAGCAGCUCUCCAUCCAGGCAUAUCGCAAGGCUGGUAGCCCAGACCUACGCUUCACUGUGCAGAACAUGAGCCAGAGAGGCAAGAUUAUGGUAAACGGGUAUGAACUGGGCCAUCUAGAGCGGGCUGAUCUGGAGGAAAAAGCCCUGCUCAGAUUUGGCAAAUAUGAGUUGCUGAUAUGGAAGGAGCCUGGUGAGGCACAGGACAGUUUUGAAGUUUUGUUUGAAAAGCUGAAUGUUUCCCCUUCAAGGGAAAUGGGUAUAGAUUUGCCGUGCAGGAUAGCAGUGAUGGAUACAGGUGUGAGAAACUAUCAGAAUAGAUCACCCAUGAGUCCAGAGCCACUGGAAAGUGACGAGAACCUGUAUAUGCAGCAGCCAAGAGAACAUUUUUAGGGAUCCGAAGAUGAGUUCACCAAAAGGCAUUCUGGGGUUAUUUUAUGUGCAAGGAUGGGGAUAAGGCUGCUGAUUUCGCACAUGACAUUUCCUCAUUUCAUUGUGUGUGAGGACAGGCAUGUUUUCAGCUUCAGACUUUUGGUUCUGUUCUGUCGUUCUUGUCAUGUUUUAUUUUAUUUUAUUUUUUUCUUGCCUUAACUCAGUUUUUUUUAUUGUUACUUAAGUACUUUUUGUAAAUAGCUGACAAAUAAUUGAACAAAACGCCACUGAGCCAAAUGUUUAGCUUCUAUCUAUAUAUCUAUAACUGUCACAAACACUUAACACCACAUUAUUAUUUAUCUAGAAUCAUUUAAAUGUAUGAUAUACUGAUUAACUACCAUGCAUUUAUUUAAUAUGUACAUAUGUAGUGUUACAUGAGCCAUGCUUAUGUACAGGAUAGUAUGCCAUCCUAUACCAUCCUAAAGAUCCAUUAUUCAUAUUCUUAUUCUUAUUCUUGUUAUUAUUAUUCUUAUUCUUAUUAACACCUUUGUUUAACCUGAAGCACAGUACUGUUUUAAACAAAUAAAAGCAAUUUUGUAAACUUGCUGGAGUU